AUGUCUGAGAGAAAUAUUCUUCAGUCAGGAUUUGACGAUAUCGUAUACGACCUCCCUCAUAACAUGGCGAACAAUACUGCCAGGGUGGAUCCUAGUGUGUUUCGCUGCACUUUGAACAUGGUUCCACAAACCGAAGAAUUAUUGAGGAACAGUAGGCUUCCACUCGGCCUUACUCUGCAUCCUUUCCGGGAUAUGAAGAACCUGAAUAUCAUCCAAACUUCUACAAUUGUGCGAUGUCGGUACUGUCGAACGUACAUAAAUCCUUACGUAUUCUUACCUAAUUCGCGACAUUGGAGAUGUAACUUAUGUAAUCGCAACAAUGACCUCCCUGACGACUUUUGUUGGGAUCCAAACACGAAAUCGUUUGGUGAUCCUGUAAAUCGACCUGAAAUCAAACAUCCAACUGUCGAAUUCAUUGCACCCAGCGAAUACAUGCUACGUCCACCACAGCCUGCCGUUUACGUCUUCGUACUGGAUGUAAGCGCUGUAGCUGUUGAGUCAGGGUAUUUGUUUGCAUUCUCUGAGCAGCUUCUUAUCAAUCUCGAUCAGUUGCCAGGAGAUGAUAGAACACAGGUGGCUUUCGUCUGCGUAGAUUCUAUGGUACAUUUUUACCAAUUUGGACCAGGACAGCGACAUUCUCCUAAAGAAUUGAUCAUCGAUGAAAUAGAUGAAACGUUCUUGCCUUCAUAUGAUGGUAUUUUGGUGCCUUUGAAAAAGAACAUUGAUGCUGUGCGGUCAUUCGUAGAGAAGAUUCCUGUUUUCUUCGAGAAUGCCAACAGUACCUCAAAUUGUCUUGGGUCAGCACUGAAAGUUGUCCAUGAUUUGAUAGAAGUACAAAAUCUUGGGCCAGCUACCGAUUUUUAUAAGUGCCUUGCUCUUGAAUGUACUGGUCAUCAAAUAGCCGUGGACCUUUUCAUGUUAAAUACUCAAUAUGCUGAUAUUGCUACUCUGUCAGAAGCUGCCAAAUUUUCUUCCGGUUGUGUCUACUAUUUCCCGAAAUACCACUAUCUCAACGAUACUACGCAGGUGAAAAGAUUCGAGAGAAUUUUCACGAGGUAUCUCACUAGAAAGAUAGGAUUUGAAGCAGUACUGCGCAUUCGUUGCUCGAGGGGACUUAGUUUAUCUACAUUCUUUGGAAACUUCUUUGUUCGGUCUACGGAUCUUCUAGCACUUGCUAAUGUGAAUCCGGACUCAGCGAUCGCAGUUCAGGUGAGCAUGGAAGAGAAACUCUCUGCCACGGUCUGUUUUCAAGCUGCUCUUUUGUACACGUCGAGCAAAGGAGAUCGUCGUAUACGAGUUCACACAAUGUGUCUACCCACAACAACGGACUUGGCCCAGGUCUACAACAAUUUUGAUUUGAAGGCCACUAUUUCUCUCAUCGCGAAAAUCGGAGUUGAUCGGUCCAUGUCCGGUUUUCCGUUGUCGGAUAGCAGAGAAGCGAUUGUGAAUGCUGUGGUGGACUCAUUUGCCGCUUAUCAAAAGACAAUUCGACAAGGUCGCCCAGGUGGAUUGUUAGCUCCUCGUCGAGGCCAUCUACGAUUGUUUCCUCUGUAUGCGCUUGCCAUGCUUAAACAUACAUCAUUUUGCACUGGUCGCAGCGUUAAGUUGGACGACAGGAUUGCCGCUAUGUUAGUUCUACGAUUUUGCCCGUUAGAACAGAUUCUUUCCGAAUUUUAUCCUCAACUUUACAGACUGAAUGAAAUUUUACAGUACGACGAAGGGAAGUGGCCUUCAUCUUUGCCACUUUCUUACGAGUAUAUAAACAGGGAUGGCAUCUAUCUUAUUGAAGCGGGUUCUGCUAUCUAUCUUUAUGUGUCUUCAAAUGCAAAUUUUCAACUCUUACAAGAUUUAUUUGGGUGUUCAUAUACAAAUAUUGACGAGCAUUCAUUCCGAUGUUACGAAAACGCUUUCUCUGAAAAGGUUCACAACUUCGUCCGUUAUGUUACGUCUCUCAAGUUCUACCUUGGUCCUAUUGUUAUUGUGAAAGAGGACUCACCUAUACGAGAUGCAGUUGUAACGAGGUUAGUCGAUGAUCGCACCGAAUCCACACACUCAUAUGUCGAGUUCCUUCAGCACAUUAAGCGCGAGAUAAACAGUUGA